CGGGUUUGUGGUCUUAAGAAUAGAUACAUGCAUGCAUAGCAGUUCUCACACUCAGGAAUAAUUGCUACAUCAGCUGAAUCAUGAACCCUAUCUUUAGUAAGAACCACAGCUCCACAGCUAAAGUAUACACACAGGGGUGCAGCAAAGCGAAGCAUUCACGCAGACAGGUCCAGAAAUGCAUGACAGGGCUAGCGACAAACCAGCUAAGCAACGAGCGAUAUUUCCCUUGCAUGAUCGAGGAUUUGGGACCUGCCUAUAAAUAAACAAUGGAAGCGUGUGCUCUCCUCAUUGUUGAGUUGAGAAAAUACAAUAUUUUCUGAACUUGAUUCGUCCUUCACGACUACUAUACAUACAAAACCCCCACAUAUACCUCCCACCAACAUCACAUCCAGUAUACAACAGCCCACAGAGACACAAAAGACCAACAAAUGCCACCCCCAGAGACCCAGAAUUACUGGCUCCCCGGCUACGGGCUCUCGCGCUCCAUCGUCCUCAGCCAGAUCCAGUACUUCCUGGGCCCAGCGGCAACCGCGCGGCCGUACUCCUAUCAGGGCCGAGACGGCUACCUCAUCACCGGCGUACCAUUGACGCGGGACCAGAUUGACGAUCUCGCGGCUAUGUCCAGGGAAUACGAACGGCAGGAGUCGCUUCGUAUGGCUGGUGAAAGCGCCGGUGGGAGCUAUGGCUGGGACGAGCCGUACAUUAAUGAGAUUGUGUGGAUGAGGGGUGCCGGUUAUACCAAUGGUCAUGGUGAGACGGGUGGGCGACGGCGCAUAAGGGGGCUGGGGUCAAGUCGGAGGCGGGUGAGGUAG